UAGUAAUGAGAUCAUUGUCAACGGAAACGUAUCGUCGAUGAUUACGAUCGGAGCAGUAACCUUCUGAUUUAGUCAAUCAAACCAUAUCGACAUCAUCUAUACAUUUCGUUUAUAUUUCCUUCUGUAUAUAACAAAAACAUAAUCUGCAAGUUUGCAAAAAUCAAAUCAACAAAGAUUUUUUAAACUCAUUGAACGCCUAUUCACAUUAAUCGCGAAAAGCAAACAUGAAGAUGAGCGUUGGUUUGAAAACAAUGGCUUUCAUGAAAUUAAACCGUCGUGUUCGGCGGAUUUUAAACGUGCGCAAGUUUGUGAGCGAUCAACUUCUCGCGGAUGGCGAAGUGAAGAAACAGAGAAUACCGUUAAACAUCAAUACCAACAUGUUGAAAAUCGGCUUUCUUGGCGGAGGAAAAAUGGCUCAGGCCCUCGCCAGAGGUUUCAUACGGACAGGUUUAAGCAAAGGCGAGAUGAUGCUGGCCAGUUGCCUUCCAAACGAUAUUGGAAGCAUCGAAACAUUUAAAGAAAUGGGAUCCAAUACUGUUUUCACUAAUGCUCCAGUCAUAGAGUAUGGUGACGUGCUGAUCUUAUCGGUGAAGCCGCAAGUCGUACCAAAAAUUCUGCCAGAGAUACGCGACAAUAAGAAAUUACUGAUCUCCAUCGCCAUGGGUGUCUCUUUGACCUCAUUAGAAAAGGCACUACCAGAAAAAACACCCGUAAUAAGAGUAAUGCCGAAUACACCAGCAUUAGUGGGUUGCGGAGCCACGGUGUUUACGCGGGGCAAAUACGCGAGUGAUAAAGAUGCCGAAAUCACGGAGAAAUUAUUUUCCGCCGUAGGAAUUUGCGAACAAGUUACUGAAAAUCUCAUCGAUCCUGUCACCGCCUUGGCCAGUUCCGGUCCUGCUUAUGUAUACAUAAUGAUCGAAGCUAUGGCUGAUGGUGGAGAAAUGGGACUUACCAGACCCAUCGCAUAUAAACUAGCUGCGCAAACUGUUUUAGGCGCUGGUACUAUGGUUCGUGAGACAAAUAUUCAUCCAGGACAGCUUAAGGAUGAUGUAACUUCACCAGCAGGAUCCACUAUAACUGGUAUUCAUCAUUUAGAAAAACACGGCUUAAGAUCGGCCUUAAUCGAUGCCAUAGAGGCGGCAACACUUCGAUGUAAAGAAGUUAGUUUACAGAUGGAAAAAGAACAGUAAUUACGAUAGUUUUUACAUAAUAAUAGUUCUCUUAAUGACACAUCUUUAUAAAGGAUUUAUAUUUUAAAACAUUUAAAUGUAUGAUUAUUUGUGAUACACGUAUCAAACGCCGUACUACUGAUACCAAUUAUAGUCAUUCUAUUCUUUAGAAUGGCUGUAAUUCGUCAGUAGUACUUAAUACGCUUAUCAAAAUAUAUCGGUGCAAAUUAGGCCACAGACAGUAAUAUUCAAUUGGUUGGAUAAUUGUACAUUUAUGUUAAUUUUCUAUUAUAAUUAUUAUACAAGUGGUAUUUUGUGAUUACUAAAAUACCGAUAAAUAUUUUUGCACACAUACACUGAAAAAAAACUAUUGAUUUUAAAUAAUAUAUAUCUAUUUCAAUAGUGUCAUUAACACAAUUUGUUUAAAACUAAUAAUACCGAUUUGCCAUGAAAAAUACCGUGGCUUAUUUAAUUAUAAAAAUCCUUUCUCAAAACAGAUAAAUAUUUAUUUGUUUCGAUUAAAUAGUGUUAAUGGCACUAUUGAAAUACAUAUUUAUUUGAAAUCAAUAGCUUCUUUUUAGUGUAAUUGCGGUAUUUUAACAAUUAUUAUUUGCAUUAGUAAUAGCAGUAUAAAAAUACUGCAUUUUCUCUCUUUGUGUGUGUUUAUAUCUUAAACAAUUUGUUUCUUUUACUUAAAUGGAUAGAAACAAUUGUAUAAAUUAUUAUCUCAUGUGUCAACAGAUAGUUUUUUUUACG